UUCCUGACCUGUGUGUUGGAGACAAUGCCCCACGACGAUUCAUCUGCCAGCCGGAGGAAGGGCACCGCCCCGAAACGUCGGCCCCCGCAGCCGGGCCCGAGCACCGCCCCACAGCCGGGCCCGAGCACCGCCCCGAAACAAGAACCUCGUCAACAAAAGAGGUUUCGUCCAGGAACCAAAGCUUUAAUGGAGAUCCGUAAAUACCAGAAAAGCACCGAACUUCUGCUCAGGAAGGGACCUUUCGCCCGCCUGGUUCGUGAGGUGUGUCAGAGUAUUACCGAUGAAACUCGCAGGUGGCAGGUGUAUGCUCUGAUGGCCCUGCAGGAGGCGUCGGAGGCGUUCCUCGUCAGGUUGUUCGCCGACGCCAACCUGUGCGCCAUCCACGCCAAGCGGGUCACCAUCUUCCCCCGCGACAUCCAGCUGGCCAGAAGGAUCCGAGGAAUCGACAGCUUAUAA